AUGCAGUCAAUAUUAACUUAAUGUGCUGCUUUUGAUCAAGAAUUUCAUAUUUUCAUUCCCAUCAUUCAAACUAUGGCUUAAGAAUUGUCAAUGGUAAGUAGAGAAUUUGUUAUUUCUAAAUUAGAAUUUAUUCAAAAAUAUUCAACUUCUCUUAAAUCUAGCUAAAUUGAUGCUCGAAUUCAUAGAAACCAAUAAACACGUAAUCUUAUAGAAUAUAUUAAAAUGCAUAGAUAAUCUAAAACUAAAUCAGUAAGUUAAAUUUGUACAUCAAAAAAAUAAUAAAAAUUUCAUACUGAUUCUGGUUGCUAUAAUGCUAUUCAUAAAUCUAAUUCUAUCUCAUCCUCAAAUAUAUAAACUACUCAAUUCUAUUCAAUAUCAUGUUAAAAUAAAACUCAAAAUAUUACUACAAAAACACUUAAGUACCUUAUUAAUAAAUAGAAAAAACUUUAAUAAAAUACAAAUGAAUAAAUAUUAAGAUUAAUUAAUAAAUGUAUGAAUUUGAUUUCAGAAAAUUCAAACUCAUUUCCGCAAUAUCCAAUUUUAUUAAAACAAUACUAAAUUAUAAAGAAAAAUAAUAUCACUUUAGAACAAAAACUAAAUUUAUAACACUAAUCAUAAUAAGUUAAAGAAAAUAUCAAAAAAUUAAUAUAAAGCUAAGAAUCAUUCAAAUCUUAUUUAGAUUCAAUCAUUUGA